CCAGCAGCGUACAGUAGCAGGCUGCAGGCAGAGGAAGAAGCAGCGGUACGGAUCCAAGUGUUCUAUGGAAUCCCCGAGGCCGGUUGAAAAGGCGGGCCGGCUGACGUAAUGACGUUACCGGGAGAAGCGGCUCUCCUGUGGGCUGUCAGCUGAUGGAGAGGAGUCCCUGCUUCUCCUCUCUCAGACACAAACUGGGAUCAGAUGAGGAGGAUGUGGAGCACAGAAAGGAGACAAUGAUGAUACUUGGAAUGAAUACCUGCCUGUUUUAUAAGUUUACAAGAUAAGGCGCGUUUUUUUUUUUUUUUCUUUUUUGGGGGGUUGAUGCUUGUUUUGCUCAGCUGAUAGGAGUCUCAACUUUACCCUGGUGGAUAUCUAAAUAUUUUUUUAGGCACUUUCAUUUGGUGCCUUCUCUCCGAAACAGCACGUACUUGGUAGCAUCACAUCAAAAAUGACCUGAGUGCCUUUUUUUGUGUGUGUGCCACCUCAUUUGGCUACAUAACAUCAUUAAUCCAGCAAUGCUAAAAAUCCACCUGUUUUUUGACCUCACCUGUGCUUUCUGGGGAAGUUUUAUUGAUCGCCUUCAGUCACUAUUCCAGAUCCCCAAGUAAAAGCACCAGUACUAUGCACCGUUGUCGCUGUCUCAAUUCUGACACGGAACUGGUAACCUCAAAGGAGGAGAGGUGCUGAUAACAGUAGUUGUCCUCUCCGAAGAACCUCCCUAAGGGUACUUUUUAUUCUGGGAGUGUAGAGAGCUGCAGGCAUGUUCGCUGCUGUGGAGCAUGGCCCGGUCCUGUCCAGUGACUCCAACAUCUUAUGUCUGUCCUGGAAGGGCAGGGUGCCCAAGAGUGAGAAGGAGAAGCCAGUAUGCAGAAAGCGUUACUAUGAAGAGGGCUGGCUUGCCACCGGGAACAGCCGAGGAGUGGUUGGGGUUACGUUUACAUCCAGCCACUGCAGACGGGAUCGGCCCACCCCACAGAGAGUAAACUUUAACCUCAGAGGGCAUAAUAGUGAGGUGGUAUUGGUGCGUUGGAAUGAGCCUUUCCAGAAACUGGCCACAUGUGACACAGAUGGAGGGAUUUUUGUUUGGAUCCAGUAUGAGGGCCGCUGGUCUGUGGAGCUCGUCAAUGACCGAGGCGCUCAGGUGAGUGACUUUACCUGGUCCCAUGAUGGGACCCAGGCUCUUAUCUCCUAUCGUGAUGGCUUCGUCCUGGUGGGCUCUGUCAGUGGGCAAAGACACUGGUCCUCUGAGAUCAACCUGGAAAGCCACAUUACCUGUGGUAUCUGGACCCCAGAUGAUCAGCAGGUGUUGUUUGGUACUGCAGAUGGACAGGUGAUAGUGAUGGACUGCCACGGGCGCAUGCUGGCCCAUAUACUGCUGCAUGAGUCCGACGGUAUUGUCAGCAUGUCCUGGAACUACCCCAGCUUCCUGGUAGAGGACAGCAGUGAGAGCGACACAGAUUCUGAUGACUACCCCCCACCACAAGUGCACAGCCAGAAACCGCUGCUGACAGUCAGCUUCACCUCUGGAGACAUCAAUCUGAUGAACAGCUAUGACGACCUCUCUCCCAUCCUCAUCCACACUGCUCUGAAAGAUGUGGUGGUCCAGUGGUGCUCACAGGGGGAUCUACUAGCAGUGGCAGGGAUGGAGAGGACCCUCCUUCCCACUGACACCUCUUGUCCUCCACCCAGCAGGAACGCCAUUGUCAAGUUCUACAAUGUUCAAGGCGAACACAUCUACACACUGGAUACACCAGCACAGCGCCCCAUCACUACGCUCUGCUGGGGUCACCGGGACUCUCGUCUGUUCUUGGCAUCGGGCCCAGCGCUCUACGUCGUGCGAGUUGAGCAUCGCGUCGCCACACUGCAGCUGCUGUGCCAGCAGGGCAUUGCCACAGCAGUAAAGGAGGAAAAAGACGUUGCCAAGCUCACCAUGCCUUCCCGGCUCUGUUCUUAUGUCACUGCCGCUUUUGUUCCCACCAUCAAGCCUCCCAUCCCAGAUCCCAACAACAUGAGAGAUUUUGUGAGCUAUCCGACAGCUGGAAACGAGCGCCUGCACUGCACCAUGAAGCGUACGGAGGAUAACCCUGAAGUGGGAGGGCCUUGCUACACUCUGUAUCUGGAGUACCUAGGAGGUCUGGUCCCUAUCCUCAAGGGCCGAAGAAUAAGCAAACUUCGGCCUGAGUUUGUCAUUAUGGAUCCCAAGACAGACGGCAAAACAGAUGAGAUAUACAGCAACAGUCUGAUAUCAGCCAUGAUUGACAGCUGUAACUGUUCAGACUCCAGCGACAUUGAGCUGAGUGAUGACUGGGUUGGCAAGAAAUCGCCAAAGAUAUCCAGGGGUAGCAAGUCCCCCAAACUUCCCAGGAUCAACAUUGAUCCCAGAAAAUCUCCCAAACUCUCCCGCGCUACGCAGGAGAUCUCCAGGUCACCUCGGUUACCCAUACGUAAACCCUCGAUUGGGUCUCCCAGUCUAACACGGAGGGAAUUUCCUCUAGAUGACAUCACUCAGCAAAAUUACCUUGCUCAGGUUACAUCCAAUAUUUGGGGAACAAAGUUCAAGAUAGUGGGACUGGCUACUUUUUUACCCACCAAUCUCGGUGCAGUUAUCUACAAGACAAGCCUCCUCCAUCUGCAGCCCAGACAGAUGACCAUCUACCUGCCAGAGGUGCGGAAAAUCUCCAUGGACUACAUCAACCUCCCUGUCUUCAGCCCCAAUGUUUUUAGCGAGGAUGAAGAUGACCUGCCUGUUUCAGGCCCUGCUGGCGGUGCUGAUGACAACCCACCCUGCACUGUCAACAUCCCUAUUGCCCCCAUCCAUAGUCCAGCCCAGGCCAUGUCCCCUGCCCAAAGCAUUGGUUUGGUCCAGUCACUCCUAGCCAAUCAGAAUGUUCAGUUGGAUGUCCUAACCAAUUCCACGGCAACCUCUACUGGAGGGGCUGCUGGUGGGUCAGACCAAAGCCAGGACACCAUCUUGACAGCCCAGUACACAGUACCGACCAGGUACUCGAGUCCUGGUCAGGUCAUAUUUGGGGGACUGGAAGUAGGUCGCCUAGUGGUUGGACCACCACCUUCUCAUCAUCCUUCACAACAACAACAACAACAGCCAACAGUAGGGGGCGAGCACGAACACUUACUGAAGAUCAAAACUACUCGGUCACCUCCACAGCUGGCUGAGGGUGACACGGUGGUGUUCAGUGCCCCUCUAGAGCUAAGCAAGAUGAACCCCCCACCCCCCUACCCUGGGACAGUGGCUGCUGCUGUGGCUGCUGCAGCUGCUGCUGCUGCCUCAGCAUCAGCUUCCGCUGCAUCUUCCAGUGCUGCGUCUGGAUUAGGAGGGGGCGCCAGUGGAACUCCUCCCCCUGGAGACCUUUGCAUGAAGAAGGGCGAGUUUCCACUUCAUCCUUCAGGCCAGCAACAAGCGCAGUAUCCAACACCGCUGGGCUAUGAGAGGAUAACGACAUUUGACAGCAGUGGGAAUGUGGAAGAAGUAUGUCGUCCUCGAACACGCCUGGUCUGCAAUCAGAAUGUCUACACGCUUCAAGGACCUGGCAGCUCCGCCACUCUCAGGGUAACCUCGUCUUCAUCCUCCUCCUCAGCUGACAAGAAGCUGCAGCUGCCCUACACCUCUGCUACCCUCAACAGACUCACUGCACCUCGCUAUUCUAUACCCAGUGGAGACCCGCCUCCUUACCCUGAUUCAGCCAAUCAGAACAGCUCUGCUGGCAGGAAUCCCGGACAGAGGCUUGACAGCAGUUUGAUCCACGCCACCCUCAGGAGGAACAGCCGAGAGGCAGCACUCAAAGUUUCCCAGAUGCUGGAACCACCUAGACCACUCCCUCCCAAGGCGAAAAACAGUACUGCAUUAACAGCCUCGUUCCAACAGAGGGUGCCAACCGCCUUAUACACCUGUAGUCAGUGUAGCAGUGGAUCUGGUGUUGGAGGCACUGCCCCAGGGAGUGCUAAUGGAAUAGCGGGAGGAACUAUUAUCAGACAAGAUUUUCCUCCAGGGAACGGAGCACCGCACAGCACAGUCAUUGUUCAUUCAAACAGUGCUACUACUCUGGCCUCCCAGUCCUCUUAUAAUCUGAUGAGUUCACUUGAAGCGUCUGGAGCUGCAGCAGGGGUAAGCAGCAGAGACAGGGCUGAUUACGUUAAUUCAGCAUUCACAGAGGAUGAGACACUGAACCAAUCAUUGAGGCAUCUGGCACUAGGAGGAAGUGAUGCAUCAGGGCUGGUGGUCAAGCGCCCACCUCCCUAUCAGUGGGAUCCAGCAUCCACAGAGGAGGUGUGGGUUCCUCAGGAACGGACAGCGACUUUAAACUCCACUGCCCCCCCUGUACCACACAAACCACCUCCCCUUAUUCUUAGCCCAGCUCAGCACUUGGAUGUAACCAGGCUGCCUUUUGUCCUUUCUCCAAAGUCCCCCACAAGUCCCAGUGCUGCAUCAUUCCAAGCUGCUGCUGCUGCUGCUGCAGCUACAGGCUACCAGAUCUCACUCCAGUACCCCCCAGCAACUGCCUAUUCUGGAGCUCAGCUCCAACCCAUCCCAGGUUCUCCACGCCCCUGCGCCUCACCAAAGGAGGUGGUGGCACCUUUGCCCUUUUCACAACAAGAUACAACCCUAGUGUUACCACCAGGUUAUUCUGCAAAUCUGGCCAACCUAGCCUGCUGCCCCCUCCCACCUAUGUACCCAGGAGGAAGUGCUUGUGCUGGGCUUCCCAUUCCUCCCAUUGCCCUCCACACACCCUGGGGUACUUACAAUUCUUGCCCACCUAUGCCCAGUCCUGCAGUGCCACUACCACCCAAAGCCUCCCACCUGGCAGUAGACAAAAAUGUUCUCUCACCACCACCUCCUCCGCCACCACCACCUCCGCCACCACCAGCAGAGCUGCAGAGCCAUGGGGGAUUACAAGAGGCCAUGGCAGAGGCUGGGGAGAGUUUUCAGGAGGUGCUCUCCCUGACUGAGAGCCCUGUACCGCAGCGAUCGGAGAAGUUCAGUAAGAAGAACCGCAAGCGGGUGGACGGUCGGGCUGAGGAGGCUAAUGUGCCGCCACUGGCCGAAGGGAGCAAAUCCAAAAAAGAGGGCAGAGCUCUGGGUGAUUUCAAUUCUCUCAUUUCCAGUCCACGGCUGGGAGGAAGAGAUAAGAAGAAGAUCAAGGGACAGAAAGAGCAACAGUUGAAGGCUAAGAAGCUGAGUAAAGCCACUGCCAAUAGUGAGUUCCAAGAUAGUUCAGAAAGUGAGCCAGAGCUAUUUAUCAGCGGGGACGAGCUGCUCAAUCAGUGCCAGAGCAGUAAAAAGGGUUGGAAGAGUAAGAGGAACCUGAGGGCUGCCAGUGAGCUGGAUGAGAUCAAGUGUCGAAAAGCCAAUGAGAAGGAGGACAGAGGGCUUGGCAGCCAGGGCUUUGUGUAUGUCAUGGCCAACAAGCAGCCACUGUGGAAUGAAGCCACACAGGUCUAUCAGCUGGACUUUGGUGGCCGUGUCACCCAGGAGUCCGCCAAGAACUUUCAGAUUGAACUGGAGGGGAGACAGGUGAUGCAGUUUGGCAGAAUUGAUGGCAAUGCCUACAUCCUGGACUUCCAAUAUCCCUUCUCUGCUGUGCAGGCCUUUGCAGUAGCUUUGGCCAAUGUUACUCAACGCCUCAAAUGAGAUGUCUCCUCCCCAUUUACCCUGAGUUGUGGGCUUUAGAUGCAGUCUGUUGAAGGGGGUACAGCUGUUUCAUUUGAGAAUCAUAAACUCUUGGAUUGGAUUCUGGAGACGAGGACUGAAAUAAGCCCUGGCCACUGAGAGAAAUACAAUCACGCUGCACUACACAAUGCUGCCACUAGUGUUGGUGCAAAAGCAUCGAUUGCAUUUAUGAAGGAUGCCGUCAGACCUGCUCCGUUCUGCAGUUGCCGGCACCCUGCGGUGCAUGUAGGGCCAAAGAGCUGAGCUUUGGUAAAUCAUCAUGCAAAUAAAUGCUGCUUUAGCUAGGAGAAGCUUAUAGAUGUGAUAACCAAUUGGUUAAAAGAGAGAGAGAGGGAGGAAUUGUUAAGGUGCAGUUUUCAAAAGAAGCAGCAGUAAUACUUGAAAAACACACUCUGGAGAUCAAACUUGUUAUCCCUAGAGCGCACAGGUACUACUGGGCACUGAAAUCCAUUGCUGUACAAACCUUUAGUGAAACAGUUACCACUUUAUUAUACUGCUUUUGCUUUUAGGAUUUUCUUAAAAGACUAAACACAGUCGAGGGUAGGAGGGUCUUUUUUGUUUUCGCUCUCUGCCCUUUCCUUUUGUUACUGUUGCAGCCUGUCUGGGCUGGAAAUGAGGUUUAGAUAUAUGCAUUAUUUUGGAACACUACUAAGAGUUCAGGCUUUUCACUGUUGUGAAAGGUGGGCCACUGUUACAAUCUCUGGAAGGUAAAGAACUGCAGUCCACGUGUUGUUUUGAAGGAAGAAGAAAUGUUACUCUAAUUUAUAUGUACAUGUUGUUUACCGAUUCAGAUAUAAAUCUUAACAUUAUUGUCAUUGUGUUACAUAAUCCUCACACAGCUUUCUUACCUGAUUUAUUUGGGAGACUGAGUUUGAAUAUUACUGUGUAGUCAGGAGAAUUCAGGUCAUAGCAGUGUACAGACGUAUCCUGUACUAUCCUGUACUGGUGACAUGGGCGCCAAAGAAGUGGCCAAGGCCGAGACUGAACAAUUUAAGCUCUGGCAUGAAGUGAUUUGUCACCUGAUGUCACUUCUGUGAAGUGAGUAUGUAGUUGUUGUUGUUGUUGUUCUUUUGUUCUUUUGGGGGUGGGUGGGGGUGGGGGGCGCUGUCUCUUCUCUUAAAGACCACACUAAACAUGCUAGUAAGGUACAUGAAAUAUUUUUGUAUAUUUCACUUAUGCCAUUUCAUAUUCUUUUCAGAACUCAUGUAAAUACAUAUCAGUCAAAUGUACAAUGUUGUAAAGAGACUUAGGUGGCAGAUUUCUGUUUACACUUGUCUCCACUGUGCGUAAGUGUAAUUCCACAUGUGGAGGAGAGCUGUAGUACUGUUUUAACUAAGCAGCCAGGACCAUAGAGAGCAGUUAAGUUGAUCUUACCGUCACUGAAACUCUAAAGUCGGGUCUCCGACGAAGAAUGAAGCUACGAGAUCUGCCCGUUCAGUAAGCUGACUUUGAAAUCUGAAAAGCUGUUUUGUUUCGGGGUUUUUGUUGUUGUUGUUGUUGCUGCUGUUUGAGGCAGGGAAGCCUUUGUUUGUGUUCAGCUAAGGACAAAGAGCGAGGCCAGCUGGAAGAACUGUGGGCAGCAGUAAAUUAUUCAUUCAAAUAUGUGCAUUAGAUGACAGACAAAAAUCACAGAGCGAAACGGGAAUGUUGAGUGCUCAAUAAAAUUGGGAAGGUGUGAUGGCGUACCACCUCAAAUAUUUGUGCCAAAAUAUAGACUUCUGAAAAUCUCAAGCUGAAACAAACUUCUUUACUUUGGACCAGCUCUGCUUGGUCUCUGAUUUGAUGAGAUUAUUAGAUUUUUUAUUUUAUUUUAUUUUAUUUUUUCAUAUUUAAAAAAGAAAAAAAAACAUAACAAGCAUGUCUGUUGGGGAGUGGGUUGUAGAGAUGUGGACUGAGGAGAAAAAUAAAUGGUCUCCUGAUCUUGAAAAUGAGCAUGUCGUAAAGAAAACUUUUUUUUUGUUAGUUGUGCAAUAUUUUCUUUAACAAAAAAAACUUUGUCAUUUCUUCUGACCACAGUUUGUUACCUUUUUACUUUAGCAUCUCAGUUGCUGGUCUGUACAUUUUUAUUUAUGAGAUUGUUCCUCAAUGUAGAUCAAGUAUACAUACUGUAUAUUGUGAAGUUGUUUUUUUUUCCCCCGAAGAUUUCUUUGUGUUGGGGGGGCGGGAGUUUGUUACAAGUAUAGACCAAGUUAUGAGAUUGAAAUGCGGGGAUUGGGUUUGAGGGAUGGGAACAGGUGACUUUUUGAUGUUUUUGUGAAGUUUGCAUUGGUGGAAAAGAUGUGAAUGAGUAAGUGCCCGGUUUAUUGUAGUUUGUAGACUAGUUAUGUAGAGUGUAAAUGUCAAGUCAUGGUGUGUCUGUAUUCAGCUGUGCAGUCUACCAGCCCCAUUAGUGUUAAAUCUGUCCUCUUCAACCAUGUGUGGUCAUGACUUCCUGCACAUACACACUCAUUCAUCGUUCACAGGAGUUCACAAGUGUAAGCCACUGAGUUCACAUUCAGCGAUGCUAAUGGACUUGGUUAAGGGUUCACUUUAAACUGAUGAUGACCUGUUGUAGAUAUUGUAGGAUUUGGCUUUUCUCUAGAAAAGAUCUGUGCUUUGUAUUUGUAGCUGUAGACUUAAAUGACAAAAAAAAAAAAAAAAACUUGGGAAAAAAACUCUGAUUCUGACUUGGUGACUGAACGUUUAUAGUGAAUGGAUAGUAAGGCAUGCCAUGUAAAUUAUUUUAUAAUUGUAUAUGUCACGCAUCUUUUGAAUAAAAUGUCAUUGUUUCAGAAAAACA